AUGAAGAGCGUGAACAGUGUGAGUGCAGACCGUGUGUUGAAAGCGUACAAACAGUUUCAGCGUACCGGGCCGGAAAUAUUUAUUCCGCCACCACCGGCCGUUCGUGGGCGCGAGGAGGACAUACACAGAGUAGAUGAUCGCGAGAAGCUUCAGAAGAAAAUUCGUAAGGAGCUGCCAGAUGACUUUCUCGAGAAACCCGAUGUUGACACCGAUGUUGUUGCCGGCGAUGAAUCCGCAGAUGUAGUGAAUAAUGGGAACGUUGGCACCAUUAUUGUUCCAGCAUUGCAUAUAGCCGAUGGUAAUGAAGGAAUGGCCGUAGAGCUUAAAAUCGAAGAACCGGCGAAUGCUGCGCCACAUAGUGGCGAACGGGGAGACGAGGAGAAGAGCCAGAGGUUGACAGAAAGGAGGCGAGAAAGUCCUGAACAACCUCCUCCGUCUACCUUCAACUCUUCAAUUGGUGAAGAUCCGGUCUCAACAGUGCGAGAAAAGCGCAACAAAAUAAAGGAGAUGAUGAUCCACGCUUGGACUAACUACAAGCUAUACGCGUGGGGGAAAAACGAGCUACGUCCUCUAACGAAACGUGGUCACAGCAACAGCAUCUUUGGCUCAUUUGAUCUCGGAGCCACAAUAGUUGAUGGGCUAGACACUUUGUACCUGAUGGGGCUCCACAGCGAGUUCGCCGAAGGCAGAGAUUGGAUUGAAAGGAAGUUCACACUUGAGAACGUCGACGCCGAUCUCUCUGUAUUCGAGACAAACAUUCGUUUCAUCGGAGGCUUCCUAACUUGUUACGCGUUCACUGGUGACCUGCUAUUUCUUGAAAAGGCUAAAUACGUGGCGGACAAGCUGUUGCCCGCGUUCCAGACGCCUACUGGCAUCCCUUACGCCCUGACCAACGUCCGAAACGGG